UUUCUAAAACGAGGAUUCAACGAAAGGUUUCGCAACUGGCACGGCGCUGGCUCCGACGGCUUCCUGCGCGAGUCCGGCCUUCGCUGCAGGCAGCGGAUGGAUGUGCGCGCAGUGGGGCAUUAUGGCCCUGCUCGCUGCCUUUGCCGCCGCGCUCGCCCUCGCUACAGCUGCGGACCCGACGCUGGCUCUCCAGACAGCAGGAUGCCCGCCUCCUACGCAAAACUGCACCGGGGAGCCUCUUUGCGGCUCAGAUGGGCGCACGUACGCCACGCGCUGCGACUUUGAACGUUCCCGAUGCGAGGGAAAUUUUGUGGAAAUACGCCACCCUGGCCCCUGCACCGAGCCAACGCAAGCCGCAGGUGCGGCACGGUGCCUGCUCCAGCGCAAACAGCAGAGCAAGCAGCAGCCAGGCUCGUUCGUCCCGGAGUGCGCACCGGACGGCGGGUUCCAGCUCGUCCAGUGCCACCAGCUGACCGGAUACUGUUGGUGCGUGGACACCCAGGGCAGGCCCCUGGCAGGAUCCUCGGUUCACCUGCAGAAACCCAACUGCACGACCCGGCGACAGGGGUCGUUUCAGCGCAGGGCCUCUCACCAGGCACAGGCCAAGACAGGUUGUUCAAGCGUUGAUCGCAGCCAGUUCAACCAGAACUUGGUGGGCAUAUUCCAGAAGGAGUUUGACAGGCUUCCCAAACCUCCUGCUGCCAAUGCCACAGGUCGUGUGGCGGCGGUGCUCAGGUGGAAGUUCUCUGAGCUGGACAUGGACAAUGAUGAAUUUCUGCAGCUGCACGAAGUUCGCGACCUGCGACGUCUGGCACGUCGCAUUGUGGAGCCGCAGGCAUGUGCCCGGGGCCUCGCUCGGUACUGUGACACCAAUCGGGAUCGGAUUCUGUCGCUCUCCGAGUGGCUGCACUGCCUUCAAGGGAGCCCCGUCCGUGUGGACAUGGUUUCCCUGCGCGUGUUCAUGUCGUUGAACUCAGAGGGGGGCAACUCGGAGGCGGCGGCCGUCCUGGCCGGGGCCCUGCGACCAGAGAACCAGCCCGCGGAGGACGAGGACAAGGACAGCCAGGAGACACAGGAGCCAGGUGGACCCUGGCCUGUAGGGGCCGGGGAGGACUGCGGUGUUGCGCGGCGACAAGCACAGGAGGCGCAGCGGGAUGCACCGCGGAUCUACGUGCCCGAGUGCCAACCAGAUGGCCGUACGUACGUGCCGGCGCAGUGCCACGGAGGUCUGUGCUGGUGUGUCAGCGUGCGUACUGGGCGACCACUACGCGGGACGACGUCCACAUCCCGGCCCGACUGUGCCACCUUACUCGGUGACACUUUUAAAGGUUGCCCCUUCAGGAAGAAGCAGCUGUUUUUGGCUGCGCUUCUGCACAGCUUCGAGAGGGAGCGGGAGCAAGCUGGUACCAGCCCUUCAGGGUCGAAGACCAUGGGGGAUGACGUGCUGCGAUGGAAGUUCUCCACACUCGACAUCAACCACAAUCAGGUGUUGGAGCGAAAAGAGUGGAAGCAGUUCCGGCGUGGCUGGGCGAGCUUCCUCAAGAACGGUGGCAGGAAAAAGUUACGCAAGUGCUGGCGCAACUUUCUUCGCUUCUGCGAUGAGAACGACGACAGCCGCAUUAGCCAGGACGAGUGGUUGAAGUGUGGCAAGCCAGUGGCAGAUUCUGCACGGCCCAGCAGUGGGACACGAAAAGGGCCCAAUCCUUUUUCAACCAUCCUCAUAAGUAGAUGAGGCUCAAGAAGGGAGAGGCGCUCUUAGAGUUUGCCCUUGGCUCAUGGCGUGGUUACCCAGCAGAGGCCGAACGGCCACGUACGCUGAACUGCGUGAUGUUUCUGCUCAUCAGUCCUUCGAUCAACAGCCCUCAUACUAGGCAGGGCAGCACAUUCAUUGGGAGUCAUUGUAGGGCAACCGGAAUCGAAAGUUUUCAGCAUUUGUUUUCUGUGCUUGUGUAGUGACAGAUGUGCGAUUGCUGAGCACGGAGCACUUUGUGGAAUUUGCAGAAGUGUUCUGGGGUUGGGGGCUCACAUAGUCACUACACUUCAAUUUCAUUCUUUAUGCUUUCAAUCGUCGGUUUGCAUGCUAUCCUGCACUGUAGUUAUUGUCCUGAUAAAGCAUUUGGCACAACAGGUGAUAAAGAAGGAAUGAAAACGAAGGAUGAAAAUCAUUUCAUAAUUUCACAAAAUUUUUUCUUCUUUUAAAGUUUUUUCCAGCUAAGUGGGUUCAAUUUUGCUUUCUUGAAGGCUGGUACCUGUGUGAUAUCACAUUCCCAGAGCCCAGAACAGCCUGUGUGCAAAGGUUACACAAUCCUUUUUAGUUGAUUCUAAAAAGCCAUCUGCCUUUUCUAAAAGCAGAUGUUUACAUUCAUACUUCCUGGUGCCAUUGAAGUUUUCCCAUCCGCACACUUGCUGCACGCUUGUUCAUGUUAUGCAGCUUUUUGUAGCGUUUGAGCCACAUUGUGAAGAAAUCCUGACACUGACGUCAUUAUUGAUUGCUUGUUGUAUGAAUACUCUUGCAAUAUGACUAAUAAUGAGUAGUCAUUGUUUUGAACAAAAGUACGCCAUCAAAGUUUUAGUACCUGCACACAUUAUCCAUUCGACAUCAUUAUCGUUUGUGCCAUUAUGUUAGCGAAAACAAGCCAACCAAUUCCAUUAUGCAAAUUCUUUGUUGCACUGACCGUCAACAUGUCAAUGCAGUUAUGAUGUUUCUCAUGUACUUACUCAGUGUUGGAGAGCAUGUCAUUUAUUGCUGCCGUUUCAGCACGAUCACUGUUUUGUUACUGCAUACAUGUUUAUUGCAGACCUUUUAACGUAUCCAUCUAUUGUCAUUGACCAAUGUCAAAGCUUGCAGUGGUUGCUGGAAAGAUUCUAUUGUAGUUUCCUUGUAUAAGGAAACUAGAAUAAAAGAUAUUGAAAUGUAUCGAUGGAAGCAAGUAUUUUAGGCACUCUUGCUUCUUGGAAUGCAUGAUUAGUGCAUUGUUUGACUAGACCAGUGUUUCUCAAACUGCGGGUUUAAGUCCUGGCUAAGAGAUUCAACAUGCCAUCAUGCCGCAUGUCGUGUCUGUUGAAAAUUGUUCUGCGACAAUAUCGCAUCGUAGAUGUUGAGCUAUACACUCUGAAUUUAUUGCGAAUGCUGCGAAUUCUGUGAUCUUGAGACGAAGACGAAUAGUGUGUCUGUCUGCAUUCUUAAACCUCGAAUGAGGGAGGCAUCCAAAUUUUUUCCUUUGUUGACAGAAAAUUUAAUUCUGUAAAAAGCUCAUUUUAGCUGCGAGUCAUAGGCAUAGGGAUUUUUUUCUUUUUUCUUUUUUAAGGUGGCUUUGAACUCAUUUGAUUUUUUAUUACUAAAAGUUGUCAAGGUAAAAUUCAAGCAGCGAUCCUGUUUGCUUACUUGUUUGUGGACUUAAACUAGAAAACUUAUGGAACUGCGAAAGCUUGGGGGGAACCAGUUUGUUGACGCAAUGCAGUGAAGGCAUUGUACUGUUGGUGGGUUCGUUGUAGGCAGCGUGCGAACAGAUGAGGACGACCAAGGAAGAGCACAGGAUAAGUGCUGACCUGCGCUUGCUGACCUCAGCACUUGUCCUGUGUUCUUCCUUAGCAAAGAAGUGAUGCUUGGCAUAGCUGACUAUUCACCCAACAUGUAUUACAAUCAAGAUGUUUUCUUUUAGGUUGCUCCACAGACUCAAAAUGUCUUGCUUUUAGCCUGUCUAGUGUUGUUCAGUGGCAAACAUCGUUUUCCUUUCAACCAACUUUGUCAUUUCUCAAAUCUGUUAUGCAAAUGUCGAGUGCUUGGAUAAGGGAAAACAGCACUAUUGCCUCCAGGUUUGAAAAUAACCAUCGUGGACAGAUGAAACCCUGAACAGGAAACUUCAGCUGACGUUGGCAGAAUCGGAAACUUGUUCUCGAUUUCAAGGACUGCGGAAUGCAAUUGACUUGAACGUUGAUGUACCCUAGCUACGACUUGCGUUAUAAUUGUAGCACCGCUAAAAUGAAUUUCAGAAUUUUAUAUGGUGUGCCAAUGAAACGGCCAUAUUUAUUCAUGCAAGACUCCCCUGCAUGUUAAACUCACACCCUGAAUUUAGAGCUCAGAAAUUCUGAAAAGCAAAGGGUACGGGGAUCGAUACCCAGCACCUCCACCAAUUCUAAAGCUGUUUAUUUGGCAGAGCUUGGAGCAGCGCAACGUCAACGAUCAGCGCAGUGACAGCUUUCCAAGCAUGAGAGCCGUUGCCGAUCAAGAGCGCUCGACCCACUAGCGUCUCUCUUCACUACAAAAGGAAUAUUUCGCCAUAGGUUAGUUGCACAAAUGCCUGCAUCAGAACAGAUUGUGUUUCAUGAUGGUGAUCACAAAAAUAAUAAGUCAGCAUUGGUUGUAGCAGUUGCCCCAUUGGUUUUGUAUAAAGACCACAUGGCUUGCAAUGCAAUGGGUGUUGUCAAGACUUCUGAUGUGUGUGUCUUGCAUGAGGGAAUGUGGUCUGCGUGUGUUUAAACUGUCCUGUCCACAGUUCAUUUGUCCACGAUGGUACAUUUUUUGCACCACACUGACAUUUUUUCAGAGGUCCCACGACUCGACUGUUUUAGAUACCCUCUUAGACCAAUGCACAUGUUGCGAGCUCAUCAGUGGAAGCACAUGUACUCAGCUUCGCCAACCCUUGUUUUGCUAUGGUUGGUUAUAGCAUUGUAGAAAUGAGCGCUAGCUGCCUCGGACUCAUGGUUCGCACGAUGUUAUAUAAUACUGUGAUUUCAUUCAUAAAGGAGCAGGUGGAAGCGAGACAUCAGACGUAAGGUCACCAUUAGCACUUUGUUCGGCCACUCUCUAAUGUGAUGUAUGGCUGAAAAGGUUGUAAUAAAAGUAUUCACUGAGA